AUGUCGGACGGAGCUUUAACGGUCCUCGAUGGGAACCACCUGAGAGCCAUCGACCUUUCUCUGCCGGAAGCUGAGGUCAGACUCACUGGAGCUCAGGUCCUCGACCUCGCUGACUCCAAAGCCUCCUCGUCUCUCUUCGGCCUCUCCUUGCCUCAGAGCCUCAAGUCCUCUGCUCUGAAACGCAUCAGCCUUCAAGACGACGACGUCUUCCGCCUCAAGGAGCUAGAUCGCGAGCAGGCUCUGAAGGUGAUCACGGACUACAUCACAGCGAUCGCCGAUGAAUUAAAAGAUGAUCCACUUGUCAUAUCUGUCUUGGAUGGAUACACUCUUCGACUGUUUUUAGAGGAUGAGGAUGAUUUUGCAAUGCUAGCAGAGAAUCUGUUCACUGAUCUGGAUGUAGAAGACACAGGAAAGAUCAACAAGAACGAGAUCCGGAAUGCACUUGUUCACAUGGGAGUUGAGAUGGGCGUUCCACCCAUUUCAGAAUUUCCUCCUCUAAGUGAUAUCUUGAAGAAACACGAAGCUGAUGGGGAAGAAGAACUGGGCCAAGCACAAUUUGCUGAAUUACUCCAGCCUGUCCUACAAGAACUAUCAGAGGCCCUGGCAAAAAAGCAUUUUGUUUUUAUCCAGAACAUCAAGAUUGUCAAUGGUUCCAAGCUAAGAAAGCUUUUGGCAGAUGAGAAGCAAUUGAACAUUAUCGUAGAGAAGAUAUUGGCGGAUGGCUCGGGGAAUGCAGAAAGAAUCAGGAGUUUUCUUGAAAAAAAUGGGACAGAGUUGGGCUUGCCACCAUCCGAAGCGAACGAGGCAGUGGCCCUUUUGUAUGAUGCAGUGUUUGCUGAUUUAGAGGGAGCAGGUGAGGAUAAAUUUGGAAAUCUUGUGAAGCAGAUCCUGGAGAAAUUUGCAGAGCAGCUAGAAGCAAGCCCUGUUUUUCAUGAUAUUUGA